AUUUAAUCCAAAUCCAAAUAAACCACAUCAUUACUCUUUUCCUGUAAAUUCUUAUCCACAAAAUGUUCGCUACUCGUGUCUUCCAGCCCCGUGUUUUUGCUCGUUCUUCCCGUCGUCUCUAUGCUACCGCCGGUGAACAGCAGGGCAAUCCCAAGCCUAGCGGUAACACGCCUCUCCUCAUCGGUGCUUUGUUGGCCGGUGUUGGUGGAUUCUACUAUUACCAGAAGCAGAAGCAAGCCGACAAGGGUGCUGUUCAAAAGAAGGCUGAAGAAUUUGGCAGCAAGGUCCAAGGUGCUUAUGACAACGCAAAGGAAGCCGUCAAUGAGAAGACUGCCGAAGCUAAGGAUCAAUAUGAUGCUGCCAAGUCCAAGGCUGGCGAUCGCAUCGAUGAAUUGAAGAAGCAAGGUGAACAGACCGUCAAGGGUUACACCAGCGCUGCCAAGGACACCGCUGACGAUGCUGCCAAGCAAGCCGAAAAGAAGGGUGAAGAGUUGAAGAAGCAGGGUGAAAAUGCUGUGAAGGAUUACUCUGAUGCUGCCAAGGAAAAGGCUGGUGAUGUUGCAAAGCAAGCCGAAAAGAAGGGCGAGGAAUGGAAGAAGGAAGCAAAGGAAAAGACAAGUGAAGCCGAAAGUGCUGUCACCGAUAAGAUGGAUGCUGCUGGUGACAAACUCAAGGAAGCUUCUAAAUAAUUUUAGAUCAUGUUACCCUGUAAAUAAGAUUGUAACCAUAAUAGUAUUUGUAUUUUAACUGGUAUACACAACUGCACUAUCUAUAUUAUUAUUCAUAUUGAU